AUGGCAUACACGAAGCAGCUCCCUGAGUCACUGUGCAUCGUGCGUGCUACUAUGGUGUCAUUUCCAUCAAAGCCGGCCGCGCAUGCAUACUUUCGGAAUGCCCCAGCUUGGCUGCCACGACUGGAAGGAACCACUGUCUACAGGGGAGCUUUUGGAGGGGAGGAAAUGUAA